AUGAUUGUAGUCGUGAGUACUAGCACAAGCUAUUUUGGUGCAGGGUAUGAUAAUUUGAUCAAGAAUCGUCUUGAAAGUUUCUAUUGGGAACGACUUGAAUAUCAAAAGUCACUUGGAAAUGACGGGAAAUCACCACUACCACUGUGCGCUCCAUCCCAUAUACCUGAAGAUGGAAAAAGAUUGAAUCUCCUUGAUCUUCUUGUGACCAAGAGAGGUUGUAUGGCCUCAGACAGUCGAGACAUGAUCUAUGCACUCUCUGGCAUUGCUAAAAGACCGAAAGGUACACAGCCAUUUGCGAUAAGUUAUGAAAAAUCGCCUCGCCAAGUAUAUUCAGACGUUGUCAACUAUCUCAUUGAGACUGACAAGAAUUAUGACGUUUUGAGUCAUGCAGAACAAUAUUCCAAUCAUGUCUACCAUACUGUACCAUCAUGGAUGCCAUCAUGGGCGCCAGACUGGACAACCCGUGCAAAAUACAAACAAAAGAUUGUUGACUGGGUUGAACCUCUUGAUAAAUCAAAAAGUGCCGUCUCGAAUAGUGCAUAUCUCGAAGAUCAAGGAGUCCUUGCUUGCGUGGGCUACAAAAUAGGCUUGAUAAACCUAAUUACCGACUCCCCUCGCGAUAUUCAGCACAGUGACGAAGGCAGAGUUGGUCGAAUACUGUGGAAUGAGUGGAAAGAUACAAAGCUUCCAAGUACUGUUUUGGAACUUUUCAAUCGCUUACAUCCCUUGAUAUACAGUCGAAGAUAUGCCGAAACGCUUGGAGGUACGUGUUGUUUGGUACCAGUAGGGACACAAACUGGUGAUAUUGUUUGUCAGUUCAUCGGGAGUUCACUACCCUAUAUUCUCAGGCCAAUUCCAUCGACGAAUAUGAAGUCUGGAAAAGGAUGGAGAUCUUGGAAAACAUUGCUCCAUCUCUCUCGCUGGUGGAAUAAUCCGAGGGCCCCAAGACAAGAACUCCCUAUCAAAUACCUAGAUGCCAAAAUCUCAACCAUUCUAGAAAGCAAAAUAUCAGGAUACCGAACUCUCGAAAUUGGACACUACAAUUUUGUAGGAGAAUGUUUCGUGGAUGGAUUGAUGAGUAAUGAAAAUAGUCAAACUCAUCAACGGCAACACCCUCAAGAGAAGACUGUUUUCGCAAUGCAUUGA